UUUUGUUCCUUGUUCCAUGCAAUUUCCUUUUAUCCAUAUGAGCACGUUGAGAGACGGUUGACAACUCCUAUUUUCCAGAAAGACAGCCAAACCAAAAAGGGAGACGACAAACAAGACUCUGAACAUUGCCUUGCUGGAAAAAGGAGCAAUAAAAAAUCAAGAAUCCAUAUGAACUUUGAAGAAUUCAAAAACCCCAGUUGAAAAUAGAUCCCCUUUUUCAAUUUCCAUUUGAAAAAGAGAAAAAAAAAGGAUCUUUUUUUCAGUGUAGUGUGAUGAGAAUCAGUUUUUUACGAUUUGGGGUUUUAUUCUUAUUGUGUAAUUGUUUAAUUGGAGUUUAUUGUUCCAAAUCUGAUGAAGCAUAUGUGACCCUUUUGUAUGGCGAUGAGUUCUUGCUUGGGGUUCGAGUACUUGGCAAGUCCAUUAGGGAUACUGGAUCCGCCAAAGAUAUGGUAGUUUUGGUCUCUGAUGGGGUCUCUCAAUAUGCCAAACAACUACUCCAGGCAGAUGGUUGGAUUGUGGAGAAAAUUAGUUUACUGGCAAACCCAAAUCAAGUGAGACCGAAGAGGUUUUGGGGCGUCUACACAAAGCUAAAAAUAUUUAACAUGACCACUUACAAGAAAGUGGUGUAUCUUGACGCUGAUACUAUUGUUGUUAAAAGCAUUGAAGAUCUGUUUAAAUGUGGGAAGUUUUGUGCAAAUUUAAAACAUUCUGAGAGACUGAAUUCUGGAGUCAUGGUGGUUGAGCCAUCAGAAAAAGUUUUUAAUGAUAUGAUGAGCAAGGUGACCACUUUGCCUUCUUACACUGGAGGUGAUCAAGGUUUCCUCAACUCCUACUAUGUUGGGUUCGCUAAUGCUCAGGUUUAUGAGCCAAAUUUGCCGUCAGAUGUCUUAAAUUCCAGAAAGGUUCCAGAAAUGGAGAGACUUUCUACUCUUUACAAUGCAGAUGUUGGCCUCUACAUGCUUGCUAACAAGUGGAUGGUGGAUGAAAAAGAACUUCGAGUUAUUCAUUACACUCUUGGCCCGCUUAAACCGUGGGAUUGGUGGACGUCUUGGCUGUUAAAACCUGUUGAUGUCUGGCAGAAUGUUAGGGUACAGCUUCAAGAAUCUCUACCUGGAACUAGAGGCGGCAAAAAUUCCAGAGAUGAACUUCUUGUCAAAUUUCUUUAUUUGCUUCCAUUGCUUCUGAUAGCAUUUUGUUACUAUCGGUCGUUCUUACAGACACAAUCACUGUGGCAUCAUAUCAGACAAAUGUACUACAAGGUCAGAGGAGGUGUCCUAGCUUAUGCCUCUGUUCCUCCAUCUGCCAUCAGCUCCAACCAGCAGUCCCCAAAUGGUAUGCAGUUGAAGAUGCCUACUUAUCUGGGUGCGAUAUCUGUCUGUGUCUGUUUUGCUGCUGCUCUGGUGUCCCUUGGCCUUCCACUUUUAAUCAUUCCGCGCCAAGUAAUGCCAUGGACUGGUCUCCUUCUUAUGUACGAAUGGACAUUUACGCUUUUCUUCCUCUUGUUCGGAAGUUAUUUGCACAUAGUUUAUCAGUGGGGAAGGGUUGCGGCAAAUCAACCUGGACAAUUUCCGGCUCAUCCUGUAUCCUUGGAUUAUGAACCUGGAAAAGGUCAUCAGCGGCAGCAAUCAUGUUGUGACAAUGCAGCGUGGUACUAUGGGUUAGGGAUGGCAUUUCUUGCCAUUGCAGCCCCAGCAUUGCCUGGUGUUUUUGGAGUCACUUCUUUGUUUUUGAGGUUAGGUUUGAUGGUGGUUGGCGGCCUUAUUUUGACGUCCUUCAUGACAUAUGCUUCGGAGCAUCUAUCGAUUAGAUCAUUCGCGAGGGGCUAUGAAGAAAGGAACACACCAAAGAGUAGGAGUGUGUGUUUCUUAUGUUGAUGAUGUCAAUAAUUUUGGUUUUAGCUAACUACAGGCAAUCAUCUUCUUGAUCUCAUUUGUAACAUGCAGAAUAUGC